CACACAUAGCUAUAUGCUUCUCUAUUGUUCUAUUUAUAGUUUUAUUCUCAAACGCGCGAAAGGAGUACCAACAGAAGUGUAUAUUGAUUCUCAAUUUUACGUGACGAACGAUAUAGAUAAAUGGCUUAAAUAACCAGCUUAAGGUCCCGCUGUUAAUGAUCGACAUCCGGAAAAAUGACACUGGCUUUCACCCUACCGAUGAAAAAGCUCUGGUGAACGGCACUGGGUCGUUAGUGCCUUUUCAGUGGCUGUUUCAGCAUCUAAACGUUAUGGAGAAGUGAUGGGACAGUCAUACAAUGUUCCUAUUGUAUUCGUCACGUACCGGGCGGGCAGUUAUUUACAUAAACAAUGGCAGAUCCUGCAAUUGACCAUGUGGAUUCUCUGGACGAAGAACUAGAGGUUGUAUCAAAUUACAAACCUCCUCCAGAAAAAACUAUCGAACAAAUCUUGGAAACUGACAAGGAAGAUGAAAGCUUAAGAAAAUACAAAGAAACUCUUUUGGGAGAAGCAAAAGCCGGAAGUGUCAUUGUUGAUACUAAUGACCCAAGGAAAGUAAUAGUAAAAAUGCUAGCGCUUUGCGUCGCCGACCGACCUGACAUGGAAUUGGAUCUCUCUGGAGAUGUCUCCAAACUUAAAAAGCAAACUUUUGUUAUAAAAGAAGGAGUUAGUUACAAAAUUCGAAUUGAUUUCAUCGUGCAACGAGAAAUCGUACAUGGACUUAAAUAUGUACAGAAAACGUAUCGCCUCGGUGUCCCUGUGGAUAAGAUGACACACAUGGUAGGAUCUUAUCCUCCAAAAACCGAAAUCCAGUCUUACACCACUCCAGCAGAAGAUGCACCCGCAGGAGUUGUCGCAAGAGGUUCGUACACCGUGCAUUCUCUCUUUACUGACGACGAUGAAAAUGAGCAUCUGAAGUGGGAGUGGACAUUUGACAUUAAAAAAGACUGGAAAUAAUAGGCCAGCUACUUCGAUUUUCAUUUUCAAGAAUAACGACCAAAUGAUUCUUUUUAAAAAUAAAAAUGUAGUUAUCGGUGAACAAAUGCCACAAUUAAGAAUCAGAACACAGUAAUACAAGAUGAUGAAUUUUAGAUGUAGAUGAAUUUUAUUUUUGCAUUAAAUUAAUUAAGUCACUUAAUUUCAACCAGAAAUGGAACUUAAGUCCAGUG